AUGCAUUCACUGUGCUGCAAGCUCAUAUCCCCCAAGAGCGAAAAGAAACCACGAUCGAAGCGAUGGACAGGCGAGGAAUUCGCGCAGAUGGUAUUUGGUGAGCAAGUAGUGAGGGCACUGGAAUGA